AUGAGUUAUCGCAGGAAUUUACCUGGCGAUCUUCUUCUUCUGUUGCAGAGGUUGUUGCUGGACCACCCGAGCGCGGAGCACACGACCAUCAUCCUGGCUGACGUGCACCGCGAGGACAUGCGCGCGCUCCUGCAGUUCAUGUACACGGGCGGAGUGGCCGUGUCCCGGGAGCGGCUGGGGUCCUUCCUGCUCACGGCCGAGGCGCUGCAGGUCAAGGUGCUCAAGGACAUGCCCUCGCCGCUGCCGGCCACGACGGCGUGCUCGGACAGCGGCUGCUACUCGGGCAGCUCCAGCUCGUCCAUCAUGUCCGACGUGAAGGUGCCCAUCGGGGACGCGGCGACCCCUCCCGCGCAGGCGUGUUGCCCGCCGGACCCGCACCACCGCGCCUCGCCCUCGGCCUUCGGCGCCUCCAAGCCGCGGCCGCACAGCGCGCUCACCCCACUAGGGCCGCUGGGCUGUCCGCCGACCUGCGGCCUGUCGGAGUACGAGGUGAUGAUGGGCCGCCACCUGCCGCUGCCGCUGCACCUGCAGCCGCCCCCACCCCACCACCUGCCGCCCCACCUGCCGCCCCACCUCGCCUUUGCGCCGCCCCACGGCCUGCCCCCCGGCCUGCCCCCGGGGCUGCCCCCCGGGCUGCCGCUGCCGCCCCCGGACAUGUGGGCGCGGCCGCUGCACGGGAUGCCCCCCGGCGCCCCGCUCGUGCCCAGCCCCACCUCCGCCAAGAGCUCGUCGUUCCCGGAGCAAGGCAGGCUCGACAGGAAGGAGGACGACGGCAGCCCUUCGAGGACACGGCCGCCGAUGACGAGCAUCGUGACGCCGUCGCCCUGGAUGCAGAGCCGAAGGCCGCCGCCGCCGAGGGUGCCCCAGCCCCACGAGGCUGUCGGCGACAGCGCCGCCUCACCGCCGGAGGGCCGCAAGGAGGGGCUGGCGAGGCCGCAGCGGAGGGACGGUGGACCCGCCGGGGUGGUUCCCAAGAAGCGCAUGUCUCCCCUUGCCGAGGCCUACCGCUUCCGGGACCACCGGCAGCGCGACGCCCCGCCGGCAGCAGCCACGCCCGGGGCGACGGCCCUCUCGUCGGCGUCCUCCAACGCGCUCAACCUGUGCGUGCCCAAGACGUCCCCGGCGUCCUCGCCGGCGCUCCGCGGCGACCAGCAGGCCCUGGAGGGCACCCCACCGCCGCUCAGCCCCGUGGCCAUGACGCCCCCAGCCGCGGCGGCCACGGCCACGGCAACAGCCACGGCCUCGCCCGUGAUCGGCAAGCUGCUGCAGCAGCCCGUGUACGACCCCAACAACAACCACAGCGGGCCGCAGUGCCGGCCGCCCCCCUCCGCCCCCCACCGCCCCAUUCCCACGCGCCCUGACGCCGCCUCCUACGGCGCCGUGGCCAACGGCUUCGGCGCGCCGCCCCCACCGUCGCCGCUGCCGCCGCCCGCCCCCCUGGCGCCGCCGUCUCCCUCGGCCGCGCUGCCCGAGGCCGCGGCCGCCUCCACCAUCAAGCGGGAGGUGGUGGACGAGGCUACGGGGGCGGCGGCGCCCGAGGCUGCGCCCGAGGCCGCCGAGGACAACAACAACAAGCUGCACAGCUGCGAGGCGUGCGGCAAGCGCUUCUCACGGCGCCAGCUGCUCGUGCAGCACCGGCGCGUGCACACGGGCGAGCGGCCCUACACGUGCGGGGCGUGCGGCAAGCAGUUCAGCCAGCGCGGCCACUGGAGCACGCACCAGAAGCUGCACGAGCCGGCGCGCGCCGCCGAGCACGCGUGCGAGGCGUGCGGCAAGGCCUUCGUCACUCGGGCCUCGCUCAAGGUCCACCAGCGCACCCACACGGGCGAGAAGCCGUUCCGGUGCGCCGAGUGCGGCAAGACGUUCUCCCAGCUGCGCAACUUCAAGUACCACCGGUCCGUGCACGAGGGCACGCGGGAGUUCGCCGCCACCUGCCCCGAGUGCGGCAAGCUGUUCAACGACCGCGGCUACCUCUCCUCGCACAUGAAGAUCCACCGGAACAGGAAGGAGUAUGGCUGUGAGUUCUGCGGGAAGAGUUUCAACCAGCGCGUGGCCUACAACAUGCACGUCCGCAUUCACACCGGCGAGAAGCCUCACCAGUGCCCCACGUGCGGGAAGACCUUCUCCCGGAAGAUGCUGCUCAAGCAACACCUGCGCAUCCACACCGGCGAGAAGCCGUUCAGCUGCUCAGUGUGCGGCAAGUGCUUCGCGGACCGGUCCAACAUGACGCUGCACAUGAGGCUGCACUCGGGCGAGAAGCCCUACCAGUGCACCGUCUGCUGCAAGAGCUUCACCAAGAAGCACCACCUCAAGACGCACAUCAACUACCACACGGGGCUCAAGCCGUACGCGUGCGCCAAGUGCGGCCUCCACUUCUCGCAGUCCUCCAACAUGCGCACCCACCACAAGAAGUGCAACGGGCCGCCCCCGGGGGUGGCGCCGCCCACUGCGGCCGCGCCCGCCCCCGGGCCAGCGCCCGCCACCCCACCGAGCGCGGCGCCACCCCCAACUGGAGGCGUGGCGACGCCCGCCCCGCCACCCCCGACUGACAGUGGCGAGGCGCCGCCCACCACGCCACCCCCGCCCCCGGGCCCGCCCCCGGGCCGGCUAGUCCUCUCGCGGCCCUGCGCCGCCCCCGGCGCCGACGCCCUCCACCUUGUGAUAUCCCCCUCCCCCGCGAAGCAGCAGGCCAGCGAGGCCGCCAUCUGCUGAGUGCGCGAAAGCCAUAUUAUUUUUUAUGUUUAAAUUUAUUUUGUUAUCAUUGUCUUGUAAAUAAAUUUUAUUUUUUUAUUGUUAUGACAAAGCAA